AUGACUGUGUCUUAUGAUGGAGAAAAAGGAGAAGAGAGGAAGAAGUGCCUUGAGGAUGAGGAUGAAGAAGCAGAUGUUCCUGUACCCAGACAUCCUACCCCGCCAGACGGGGGCUGGGGGUGGUGGGUGGUCCUAUCGUCCUUUUUGUGUAACAUGAUUGUUGAUGGAGUCUGUAUUUCAUUUGGUGUGGUGACAGUUGAGUAUCAAAAGGUAUUCAACUCCUCUCAUGCCAUGGUGGGAUGGGUGGGUUCUUCACUGGCAGGAUGUUAUCUGCUUGUGGGCCCCUUUGUGAGUGCCCUGUGUGCCCGCUACGGGUGCCGUAAAGUUACCAUGAUGGGCAGCGUCAUCACCAUGCUGGGCUUUGCGCUCAGCACCCAGUCCAAGAGUAUUGAGGUGUUGAUUAUCACUUAUGGCAUUAUUGGAGGUAUUGGAUUUGGUAUGAUAUAUCUCCCAUCGAUCGUCUGUGUUGGUCAUUGGUUUGACAAAAAACGAGCUUUCACAACUGGCAUUGUUGUCUCUGGCACCGGCAUGGGCCAGUUUGUCUUCCCCCCCAUCGCCAGUUAUCUCCUGACAGAGUACGGGUGGGAGGGCAAGAAUCUGAUCAUGGCAGGGAUUGUGCUUCACUGUGCUGUCUGCGGCAUGACCUUUCUACCGUUGGAUCGGAGUUUCUUCAAACGCAACAAACGCUUCAAAAACAGGGUGGAGAUUGAACGAGGAGCCAUCAUGAAAGCUCUUAUCGAGGACAAGAAAAGACAAAGAACUAUUUCGAAUGGCUCAUUAGAUAACUGUGUAAUCACCAGAGACAACCGUCUGAUUCGCUUGGAUCCACGACUGCUGGAGUGUAAGAGAAACAACUCAUUCAUUGCCCGAUUCAAACGGCAGCUUGGGUUCAGCUCCCAGAGCUUAGCUUGCUCAAAAAAUAGCCUUCAGGGAUUGCCUAGUAUUGUGAUUGAUGCCGUACAGCAGGAUUUCAUUAAAGCAUCGGGAUCGCCGAUCUACAGACCCAAAGGGGGGAAACUCCAUGAGAGCCAUUCUCAUUCACAACUGCUGCAAAAGUCAAGCCCUGUAGUGAGCAGCGAUAGUUCUCUUCUGUCGAAUGGGGUGACGAAGACAAGUAUUCCCGAUGUUGUGGUUAAAGAUGAUACCACGUGGUUGAAGUCGCUGGAUGAAGGCAUCACUUUUACCGUCACGGGGAUCAGUGGCAUGCCUUCGGUGACGAGAUCUACCAGUGACCUUGAGACUUCAUCCAUUCCAUCGCCACUGGUGCAGGGAAGUGUCAUCAGUAUUCAAGUGAUUGAGAAUAACAACACUCCAGAUGCCCUCCGCAAAAGUGUCAGGUACAGAUCCGGUGUAACCAUUUCCACUGGUUAUUCCAGCCAGGUGUCUGAAGACUCGUUUGCAUCAGACAGUCAGCUGAGUGCCCCGCAGAUCAACGCCAGUAUUGACGAGGUGGAGUUUGAGAUGGGUCGGCAUCAUUCCAUCGCCUGGAAGUGCUGGCAGGUGCUGCUGGAGAUGUUCGAUAUCAAGCUGUUGUUGAAUCCAAUGUUUGCUUUGUUGGUGAUUUCUUCUUUCGUCACUUUGUUGGCUUUCUAUAUUCCCUUCUUCCACCUGCCAAACAAGGGUGUGAUUGUGGGCAUGUCCGAGCCGGCGGCGGCAUUUCUGUUGUCUAUCGUGGGCAUCACCAACACCCUGGGCAGAGUGAUCUGUGGCUGGCUGGCCGACAGGCCCUGGGUCAACACCCUGCACUUCAACAAUGGGGCCCUUAUCCUGGCAGGAGUGGUGAUGCUGAUGUGUCCACUGUGUGAAGGGGAAGCUGGACUGGCAAUUGUUGCUGCUAUCUUGGGGGUCUGUAUGGCUGUGUUUGUGUCCCUGAGGUCUGUGUUGCUGGUGGAUCUCUUGGGUCUGGAGAUGUUAACAAAGUCCUUUGGGCUGCUGAUUCUGUUCCAAGGCAUUGCUGCCUUCAUUGGUGCCCCUAUUGCAGGAGAGUUGAUCGACACCACGGGAGACAUCAAUGACUGCUUCUACCUGGCAGGGGGCCUGACGAUCCUCUCAGGCUUGAUCAUGUUGCCUAUUAGCUGCCUGAAGAAAGCGGAUUCAGGCAAAUCUAUCCCAGCUAUGCCUAGAGACACACCCAUCAAUGAGAUUCUGAGACUGGAGAACAUUGGAUAG